GCCUACCGUACUACCAUACCGAUUAGCCCACCAGUACGAGUGCUACGUACAGUACCAAACCAACCUCGAGAAAAGAUCCUGGAGGUUUUGUUCGUCGCAACUCGUACCGUACUACCUGUUGUGUCGGUUGUCUCUUCAACGCAAAAACAGAUCACCAUGGCCAGCUCUCCCACCAAGGACGAAGCCGAGGCGGAGAUGGAGGUAGACGACAACGGCAGGGAGGAGAAGCCGGUCGCAUCCGCAUCGGAAAACGACGCCGCCGCUCCCGAAAGCCCCGGGCGGGACGAGAACGGCGACACCCAAGACACUCCGGCCUCGGACGAGGAUGUCCGGAUGGACGAAGGCAGCGGCGGGGGCGGCAAGGAAAAGGACCCACCGGAAGCGGGCAAGAAACGAUCCCGGAGUCCCACGGAGACCAAGAGCGGCAGCAACGAGGGGUCGUCGGAACCCUCCCAAACCAACAAACGCCAGGCGAUUCUCGGCGUGCCGGGGGUGAAAAAAGCGACCUGUCCAUCGGUGGACGCGGGGCAGGCACCGAACGAAAAGAUCUCGGUGGCCUCGAUCGCGGCCUCCUCGCAGCUCUCCUCCUCCAUGGGCUGGAACGGCCUGGCGGGUCUCCUGAGCUUCUCGCUCCUGACCAACAGCGGAAACUCCGUCGUGACGGCGUCUUCGUCUUCCGGCGAACGGACCCGCGGGGGGGCGAGCAAGACGUCUUCGGCCGCCCUUGCCGGGUCGGCGGCUUCGGGAAGCGGCGCGGGCAACCACGGGAGUCUCCCGUCGAAGGAGCAGGUCCUCCAGGCCGCAAUCAAGGCCGUGAACGACGCACCCCCCUUCGUGCACCUCAGCAAGACCGACAGCGCCCCGCAGCUCAAAAUCACCGAUUCGGAAGUCCCACCGGCGGAAGGCACCGGCGACAGGGACGAAAGCGGGUCUGCAUCCGACAGCGCCGCCGCUGCUUCGUCCUCCUCCGCGCAAACGGCGGGGGCAAGGACGAGCUCGAAUUCAAAUUCGAAUUCAAACUCGAACUCGAAUCCGAGUCCGCCUCCCGCUCCGGCCCACCUGACCAACGAUCGGUUGGCCUGCAAGCAGGGGGAGGGAGAACUGCGGGGCUACCGGAUGACCCGGGGAACCCACGGCGUGGCUCCGGGAUCGGGCCACUACUACUACGAGGUCGUCGUCCUCGAACCACCCACCGCGUGCGAGCUGGUGAACUCGCUUCCGCCCAACGUCCGGCUGGGCAAGAAGCUCCAGCGGGAAAUGCAGGAGGCCCUGAAAGCCGAAGAAGACGCCGAACACGAGGCGGGGGCCGCGAACGGAGGAGGCGCGAGCGACGCCGGCACAACCKGGAGCAAGCAGGCCUUUGGGGCCCACGUUCGGCUGGGAUGGAGCAUGCGAACGGGCGACCUGCAAGCCCCCGUGGGAUACGACAAGUGGAGCUACGGCCUGCGGGAUAUACAGGGGAGCAAGAUCCAUUGCAGCCGCCGGGAAGACAACUGGGGCGGAGAAGAAUUCGGACCGGGAGACGUGAUCGGCUGCGCCAUUUCCAUGGUGUCGGAGGGCCCGGCGGCCUCGCAGGACGAAAGCUCCGGAUCUGCCGGCUCUGGCACAAAGAGCGAGCCGCAAGACUCCCAGCCACACCCGGGGAAGGGAAGCGAAAACCACAUUCGGUUUUUCAAGAACGGAUACCCCAUGGGAGAAUUCGUCAUCACCAAGGGCAAACGGGAAGGAGGCGUGGCGUUUGUGAUCCCCGACGGCGUCUAUUAUCCGGCAAUCUCGCUGUACAUGGGAGCGACCGUCAAGGUCAAUUUUGGCCCCCACUUUAUCCAUCCCCCGCGGAAGCUCCCGACGGUGCUGUCCCCGAAAUACUCCAGGAAGAAACAGGGCGGGAGCAAUGCCUUCCAGCCGGUGUCGAGCCUGUCCAAGCCCCCCCUCACGGUCGAGGAAGCUUCCGCCAAGGUCGCCAAGGAACAAAAGACUCUGUUCUUUCGAAAGGCGGACAACUCCGCCCAGCAGAGGCGCUUCUCGGAACUCGUCGAGACCGAGGUCAACAUCCUGCAAGAAGCCUACAAGAACCACCGAAGAAAGCACGUGCUGGACGUCAUGCGGGAACGCCAGAAACGAAACCUAAAGUGCGACGACCUGGAACAGGACGACUUUUUCGUUUCGGAGGACGGCAGCGCCGGUGGCGUCGUUGAUUCCGCCGCCGAAGGCGGGUCGGUUUCUUCCUAGGGCGACGCCGACGACUCCGGGUAUGGGUUUUGUUGCCGCACAGAAAACCAAGGGGUGUGGAGAGGACGUCCUCGGCGGUGGUGCGCGAAUGCGAAUGCGCAUGGUGCGUUUCCACCACUAGUUGCCGACUAGUUGGGGGUGGUUCCGUAGAGAAACGAUGGAUGCUACCAAUACAGUAAAAUGGGCAAG